AUGGGUGAUCAACAGAAUAUAUCACAGAUACUGGCAGCUCUAGCUGCCGUUCGGCCUGCUGGCGCCCAAUAUGCUUCUCCUACGGGAGCUACACCAUCAACUGCUCCUCCACCCUCUACAAAUGCCGGAGGGUACUCCUUACCUCAGCCAGAUAGCACCGGCAGCUUGAACAUCGGCGGCGCAGCAUCUAUCAACGCUGGCUCAGUUAGUAUAGCUGAUGCGAUUGCUAAGGCGCGAGGAAUCGCUGCGGAGAAGGGAAUCACAUAUAAGCCUACACCAGUACAAACUCGAGACACCGGUCGAUCGUCUCACCGACGUUCGCGGUCACCAUCAAGGACACCUCCGCGUAACUCCACCUCUCGGGAUGUGUUUAGAGACGGAUACAAUCCCUAUCGAGACGAACGUCGAGGUGCCGAUAGGCGCGGCGCUGGUGAUCGUGGAUAUGGGCGAGAGAGGUCAUCCUCUCCUAGACCGGACGCAUACUCGCCUCCAUCGAACAGGCAUUACAGAGCUGGCGGUGAUAGGUCUCCUCCGCCACGAAACCGAGGGCCUGGACCAGACGAGAACACCGAGACUAUCGAGAUAGACAAUAAAUAUGUUGGAUUGAUAAUCGGGCGUCAGGGAGAGAAUCUUCGACGGAUUGAGAACGAAACAGGUGCCCGUGUUCAGUUCCUUGACAGCGCAGAACAUAACAAGGCCAUUCGGCUCUGCAGAUUAACUGGGACCAAGUCAGUAAGAGACAAGGCCAGGGCAGAGAUAGACCGUGUCGUGAAUGAAAAUAACCAGUCUCGUAAUGAUGGUCGACCAUCUGAUCGGUCUGGUCAAGACGGUGGACGAUCUGGUGAAGGAGACGAAACCACGAAGAUUAUGGUUCCUGAUCGAACUGUUGGCCUCGUCAUUGGUCGCUCGGGUGAGACUGUCAGAGAUCUUGCUGAGCGGAGUGGGUGUCGCAUUAAUAUUGCUCGCGAUGGAGAAAGUAUCAACGGUCUACGGCCGGUUACCUUGACAGGAUCCCAACAAACGAUACAGCGCGCCAAAGAGCUGAUACUGGGUAUUGUGGAAAGUGAUACGAGAACAGGUGGGAACCAGGGACAACGGGAGCCAAGGGGGCAAGCCGCAGGUGGUGAGAACGGUGGAGGUGAUAAGCUGAAUGACAAGAUGUUUAUCCCGAAGGAAUAUGUUGGCAUGGUUAUUGGUAAAGGCGGAGAAACUAUAAGAGAACUACAGAGCUUAAGCGGCUGUAAAAUCAACAUAUUGCCACUUGUUGGUCGAGAGCCCGAGAGAGAGGUUACUUUCUAUGGCGUCCAGACCGCAAUUGAUGCUGCAAAGAAAGCCGUACUGGCCAAAGUCGAAAUUGCGAAAAACCGCUCGCAAGGGCCUAGACGUGACGAUUCUUAUAACCAACAGCCCCAGUACCAACAGCAGCAGCAGCAGCCAUAUUCUCAGGACUCCAGUUCGCAACAGCAGUCUCAACAGCAACAGCAACAGCAGGCGAUGCAACCCGGUGCGAGUGACGGAACAGACCCGUACGCCAUGUAUGGUGGUUAUGAGAACUACAUGGCCAUGUGGUAUGCUGCUUUGGCUCAGCAGCAGCAACAGCAACAGCAGCAACAACAACAGUACCCGCAAUACCAAGGCGGAGGAGCGCCGCCUCAAUCCGGCUCAGACCAGCAGGGACCCCCCGGGGUAUCUUAA